GUGAGAUUUGACAAUACCGUCGGUUUUUUUUAAUUCGAAUGGAAACAUCCAGAAAAUGUGGAUAGUGAAAAAGCUUUCGUCAAUGGUGCGGGCGUGAUAUAUAGCUGGUGCGGGAUACAAACAUGCCCAAGAAGUUCGACUUCAGCGUUGUUUACGUAACGAGUGAAGACUCCAAAUUCCGUUCCACAGAAUUCAACACUCAUGGACCAUGUGUCAAAGGGUGGCAGUCAGCGAAAAAUUGCGAAUAUCCACAGGAAAUCAUUAUUAAAUUGCACAAAAGAUGCAUAUUGGAUUGCGUACAGAUCUUAGCACACCAACACUUAAUUCCAACUCAAGUGGACUUGUACUACAGCAACGACGAUACGAACACGGUUGAAGAUGUGGCCAAUAUCAAUUGGGAAUAUGUCGGUUACAUACUUUUAUCUGAUAAUGUGACUGCCAAUUUUAACAGCAGAGAACUAAAAUCUGCUAAUGUUCCAGCCCAUAGGGCGUCGUUCAUAAAAUUAGUACUUUAUGAAAACCACAAAAAUGAAUUCAACGUCAACAACCAAGUGAGUUUAAUCGCAAUCAAUAUAUUGGGAAUGGAUGUGGAAACACGAAGGUUAUCUAAUGCUGAGGGUACCACCGAAGAUAAGCUACAGGCAAUUCUCAACAAUCCUGAGUACACCUCACCUUACGACGAUUUAUAUUUUAUAAUGUACGUCGAUACAGAUGUAGCAAAAAUAAUUAGGGAAAUGGAAAUCAAAAAGCAUUUGGCUGUGAUAAGCGAGCGAUUUGAAUACGCCAGAAAACUGAAGCAUGCUAUGUUGAGCCUGAAAACUGCCGGAGAAAAACUUGGAAAGUAUGAAUUGGAGAAGAGGCACGCCAUAGAGAAAGAAGAUUACGAAAGGGCAAGGCAGAAGAAGAUGCAGAUGGAUGAAUUCAGGAACAAAGUAUACCAAGCAGUUGGUGUUGAUCAGCUUCUAGAAAUUAACGGGAUUUGUCAUAAGAACGAUGAAUGUGCAGAUGAGGCAGACUCAAGAAAUUUGCUUUCUCCUACGUUGAUGCGGUCAGACAAAAGGGCCAGCUCACCUAAUCAAAAUCACGGUUCACCUUUACUUCCGAGACAUCAAAGUCCCAAACGAAAUUCGCCGAAUAUGGGGAGCCCCACUAACAUGCAGAAUAGGGGAUCGUUCAGAAGGCGGAACAAAUCAGCUGGAUCUAUCACUAAAUCCACAUACGAAAUGUAUGAGGAAAAACCUUUGCCGGCUCUAAGACAUUCCCAUACUAACGAAUUUCUUAGGGAAUGUCAAAUGGAUGCGGAUGUAAAAGUCCAGUCUAAGCUGACUGAAAGGGAGAAGAAGCAGGCCGCACUUCCUAUUCUAGUAUUUGGUAAUGAUCUUGUAGAAAAGUUUUACUCGAAAAAUUAUUGUGAUAAAGAGGACGGCUUGAAUAAGUUGAAGGACGACUUGUUGAGCUAUGACAAAAACAGAAUGCAUACCGCUAAUAAGACUGGAAGAGCUGCGAUAUUUUUAUUACAUAGAGCCUUGAGAGACAAGGUUUUUUCUGUAUACAACUUGGCUAACGAAGUUAUUAGAUUGUAUUUCACCCAAUUCGUUCCUGGGAGGGUGACUCCCACUGAAGUUGCCAGGAGUGUUGAUAAAUUAUUGCCUGAAUUGUUGACAAAAUCGGGUGACACCAGUGCCAGAAUCCAUCAUAUGGCCGUACAUACAAUUUUAACGAUGGCCGAUUGUAAAAACGUAAGAGACCUUCACAUUAUACCAGUUCAUUUAAGUAGACCCGUUAGUAGCAGUACUCAUCCUAGGCUAGCAUUAAGUAGAGCAGAAAUGGUCGAACAACUGAUCAUAAAUCAUGGAAUAUCAUCGGACAAACAGAGUGGAUUGACUUGUAGAACACUGUCAGAGUUCGGAUCAAGUGGACUGCAUCAUCCAGCUGAAGCUGUACGAAAAGUAUCAGAGAGAAUAUUGGUAUUGGUUUACAAAGUCAAUCCCCGAUUGGUAAGGAAACAACUGCCUCCUGACGACGACAUUACCAGAAGGAACUUACUUUAUCGACAGCUAUUUCAUGAAUUCGAUAAAAUCGAUUUACAGAGAAAAAAGGAGAUGUUGGAGAGAAACCGGCUAAUUCAACAAUGUUCAAUGACUACAAACCCGGAUUGCUUCAGCCCUGAGCCUAUAUCAAAUGAAAAAACAGAGCUAACGAAAUGUCCCAGCACUACAAACAUUGCUUCAUACGACGUUAACCCCACCAAUAAAAUAUCAAAAAGCCUAAGUGGAGGGCAUCUAAUCAAUAAUGGCAUAAAAAAUGAGCACGAGAGACAAAGCUCUAGCUCCGCUAGCGGUAUAUCGACGCCUAGUAAUAAUUCUCAAAAGGAAGAAGAUGAUAAGCAGUGCAUAUUCUGUAAUCAAUUGGAAGCUACCAUCUUGGCGGUGAGCAAUUCCAUGAAUUCGCAUUAUUGGAGAACGUGUCCAAUGUUGGUGCGUUGCAAGGAGUGCAGUCAAGUGGUGGAAGUCGCCACAUUGACUGAACAUCUACUUGUUGAAUGUGAAAAGCACCAAGAUUACACGCAAUGUUCGCAAUGUUCAGAGGCAAUUCGGAUCGACGAAAUACAAAAUCAUUCUACGGAGUGUACUGAGUUGACUGAAGGGUGCAACAGAUGCCCCCUGUGUCACGAGAAUCUGGAGGAUGAAGAGUUUUGUUGGCGGAAGCAUUUUAUGGGGAACAAACCGUGUACCAGGCACACCAGGGUGAAGACGACAGUUCAUAAGCAAGUCGUUAUUCAAGGAUGAAUCGUUUUGAAAUUUGUCGGGAAUCGUAAUUUGGAUAACGCAGAAUACGUAAAUAACAUUGUUUAAAUUGAUAUUUAUGAGGUAGUUCGUUAAAAUAUUUAUUUAUGUUUUUCAUCUAACUGCUUCUAUAAUAUUCUUAUUUUAAACUUGAUUAACUCCACAGUAAGGAUUAAUGAACACCAAAUGAAUGAAUCAAUUAAAAAUGUGUCAAUUUAAAAAAUUGAAACUUUAAUUAAAUUAUCAAACAAUAUGCUCAGUUUCUUUUAAGAAUAAUUUUCACUGAAUAGUCUGAUUUUCAUGGUAUUACCUAACUCAUGUGAUUGAAUUAGUAAAAAUUUAAAAAUCUACAUUAUGAUUCCUGUAUUUGAUAUCUCUUGCACAAUAUUCUAAUACAAUAUUCGUCACACAUAGAAACUGGCUGUGCUUUACUUGUUUCUUAUUAAUGUAUUUGCAACUGAGUAAUUAUGUAUUAGUGCAAUAUUUUGUGAUAUUAUUUAAAUUGUUUAUUUGCAAUUUUUAGAACGUAAAAC